CUCAAGUCCGCUCGAAGGAGGUGGCGGUGGGAGUGACAGUGCUUACUCCCAGUCCGCUCUGCACAGUUGGACAUCUCUACUGGAGUACCGUCGCUUUUACUUCUGCGGGGUCACACCAGCAAGACCGAUCGGAGGACAAAGAGCAGUUUCCUGAGAUGGACCAGAAAGACACGGAGAUGAACGAAAAAGGAGUGUCUUCUUCCACGAGUGGAGUUGUGGUCCAAGUACGGGAGAAAAAAGGAGUUCUGCGCGCGGCGAUACCGUGCAUGCCUUUUCCUGUAGCGGUCAUUUGCCUCUUCCUCAAUACAUUCGUACCUGGAUUAGGUACCUUCGUCUCAGCCUUCACGGUGCUGUGUGGCGCGCGGACGGACCUCCCCGACCGGCACGUCUGCUGCGUUUUCUGGCUAAACGUCGCCGCCGCCUUCAUACAAAUCCUCACAGCCAUCGUUAUGGUGGGGUGGAUCAUGAGCAUAUUCUGGGGCAUGGACAUGGUUAUACUGGCAAGUACGUGUCAUACUGUCUCACCACUCGCAUGGCAGCCUAGCAUAAGUAUUACACUUCCUACAUUAUCAUUGUAUUUUAAUCAUAUUAUUAUAGCUAGUGUAUAAUGUAUGUGUGAAUGCUGUGGGUUAUUCUCUGCCCUGGUCCAUGUUUCCAGGAUAGAUCUCCAGGCCCCUGCAAGCCUGUGUAGGAUUAGUGCAUAUAGACAAUGGAUGGAUGAAUUGUUAUUGUACCUAAACCAUUGUAAUCUGUAUGGUCAUGUGAUUAAGAAACUGAAACUGAUUGGUGAACUUCAGGUGAAUCGAAUUAUGAAUCAGUCAUCAGAAGUGCAAUAGCAGUUUCUGGCAUGCAGGGCUGCGAGCCGCAGUGCUGGGGUGCGGGCGCGAUAUGACAUUUCACAUAUUUAUUUAUAAACAGAAAUUAGGUCAGUCGUCUCUUUUUGCCCUUCACUUUGGGAAUUCCAAAGGUCAUCCAGAGGAAGAUGAAGCUACGUUUCGUGCCGUACAAUUUGUUUUGGAAGUGGAAUUUGGAAAUGUAUUUUUGCCGUAACUUUGGGGCUGACAGGGGGAACAGUGGUUAAUUAUGUUACUUUUCUUAAAGAUGGUGAUGUUGUGGGUGGGUCACUUCAAGCCUCUGGGACUGGAAGACUCCACCUGGGAUCCAUGUGUGGGGUUUGCAUGUUCUCCCCGUGUCAUACUGUGGUUUCCUCCGGGUUCUCCGGUUUCCCCCUACAGUCCAAAAACAUGCUGAGCUUAAUUGGAGUUCCCUAUUUAUAGGCGUGCGUGUGUGAGUGAAUGGUGUGUGAGUGUGCCCUGUGAUGGGUUGGUGCCCCAUCCUGGGCUGCUCCCUGCCUCUGGAAUAGGCUCCGGACCCCCCACGACCCUACAUGGGACGUGCAGUUUUGGAAAACGGAUGGAUGGCAGUGUUCCCACGAUCAGAAUGGCUCACAUUACAUCCUCUCGUCUCUUGAGAGUGUCUCUGCUGAUUCAGUCCACAAAUCAGUCGGUUAAAAUAAACACCCAAAUGUAACGAUUAUUUCCAUUGUUAUAUAAACACCACGAUCUGUUUGCACAGUGAGAGGACUGGAUGGUUUUAUCUGUCACUUGUGCCACUUUUUCUAUAAAUAAAAGUGCCGAUUCAGGCAAAUGAUAGUGACCGUAAAGUGACGUCACGCUCGUAUUUUUUAUGCUUCCUUUUGCGUAAAGAGCUGUCAGGCCCAAAAAAUCACAUAAAAAGAUAAUAAACAGGCAAUGAAGGAAACGCUUGGCAAUGUUGCUUUUCCUAAACUUGAAUUGCGCUGAGAUUUGUAGUAUGCAGGCUGACUAAAUGACAAGAGAGAGACAACAAAGGAGGAACUAUUGAAAUGGACUGACAUUUAUGACGCGUCUUCGCUUCUGUGCUGAAAUAUAAUAUUAGCCGUUAUAUUUAUAAAGCAAUAUCUCAGAGUUCGCACCAACCCUUGAUGCAUUUGGAAAUGUAACAGCAAUAGAAUGACUGGGAAGAAGAGGAGUUUAAAGUAUGUGGGACCCAGUCUGCCAACCAUGUGAAUGAUGUAUUCGGUCCAAUGGGCACGUCUGCCAGCAGACUCGGUAGACAGACGGAGGUUGCUUGCAUUGUCGGUUAUUGUCGUGUGCAUAAUGUGAAGAGGAAAUGGAAUGUGCCAGUAUUGCGGUUUUGUGAAUUGUGUUUAGAUCUAUAGUAUGUUAUCAGCACCUAAACGAUGCAGGAGUGCAUUAUAUCUGUCCAUUUUCUAGCCGCUUAACCUGGUCAAGGAUGCGAUGGGGCCUGGAGUUUAUCCCAGGAAGCGUAGGGCGCACGGCUGGGGUGCACGUUGGGCAGGGCACAAGUCCUCACAAACACUACAGGCGUCGUAUGAAGCUGUGUAAUAAUGCUGCAUCUCGUACUUUUUCAUGGACAGCAUCUGCUGCUGCCACGUCUAUAUAACUUCAGGCUUGUUGUGCCGAGUGCAUAGCAUGGUGCAGGGGAACGUCCUGGACGGGAUGCCAGUCCGUCUCAGGGUAACCACACACACACACACACACACACACACACACACACAUACACGCAGACACACACGCUGUACUGCACAAGCGCUUGGAAGGCGUAUGGGCGCAGAGACCAGCGCUUGGUUUGGAGGGAGUUGUGUUUUAACACCAAGAUGAGUUUAUAGCAUCACAAACAACUUUAAUUGUUCCAAUUUUUGCUUUAAGUCCCCAUUUCCGAUUAUGUUCCACAGCCAGCAGCCAUUUUUGGAGAUUAAAAACCUGCUGGGCUUUCUGGAAUAAAAAAGCUUUCACUCGUUAUGGAAUAUAUUUGUAUAUGUAUUUGAGAACAAAAACAUUUGGCAUUACUUCACAGUGUGUGAAAGUUUUAUGCUUAUGGGAUAAAGAGUGAAUGGGUUUUAGUCAGCAGAAUAUGUGUCAAUAUCUCCUUUUGAGAUCCAGUUUCCUUUUGUCAUUAAGAUGCACGAAUAUCAGUGUACAAUAUAUUAAUAUACAAAUAAAAAUACAUAAACACACAUAUAUUAAGUAUUAAAGUCAUUUUAUUCAUCCAUCCAUUUCCUUUACCUGCUUGACCUGUGCAGAGGUGCAGGAUUGGGCACCAACCCAUCGCAACACACACACACACACACACACACGCACACGCACACACACACACACACACACCAUUCACACACAAACACCAUUCACACACACAUGCAAGGCAAAGAAUAACCCAGGAUGGGGCACCAACCCAUCGCA